AUUUGGAGUUGAGACUGCUGUGCCUCUCAGUCAGGGAUUGUCUGUUGUCUUUUGUUAAGUUACUUUCUAAUUUGAUCUUUGUUAUCUUUAAGUUUAAGUAAUUGUAAUAAAUCCCUUUGUUUUGACUUUUGUUAAGGUGUUUAGUGUCUUUUAAUGAUGGCAAAUGAUUGCAUCUUAUCUUACAAAUUCACGGUAAAAAAACAAAAACACAGCUAAUUACAAAUAGAAUCUACGGCCAUAGUGACCUUUAAAAGAGUGACUGUGACCCAAAUGUUUUACAUGUCAAUAUUUACUUAAGAGGCAAAAUGUCAUCCAAACCAGUGAUCAGGAAGGAGACAUGUUCCAGCCCCUCCUUUUACCAACACAACUGAUGAGUUGUGAGCUUUAUCAAAAGAGAUGUUGAAUCAUUUGCCCUGAUAAUGUAAAAAAAAAAAAAUAUUGCACAAUAAUACCCUGAAGCUUUUGAGUGGCUGUAGAAAAGACAGGGAGCUGUGAUUGGUAGUUGUGUGGCCUCAGAGGUUUUUUUUCAAACCUUGUCACAUAUAAAUUUGUCAGCACAAGUGAUAUACCAGGGAACUUUCUGGACCAAACUGCUGUUAAACCAUGGCCAAGCACUGGAGUGCCACUUCUUUUGUGGCUCUAGCACUGCUUGGGUAUUUAGUUGGGACUGAAGUUGACGCUCAGGUCUUACCGUGGCUGAAAAAGGGCUUUCAACCUCCUCGGGAUCCUCAAAAUCCUCAAUUUCCACCGGCCCCACCUUCACCGCCACAGACUCCUCAAAAUCCUCAAUUUCCACCGGCCCCACCUUCACCGCCACAGACUCCUCAAAAUCCUCAAUUUCCACCGGCCCCACCUUCACCGCCAAAGACUCCUCAAUAUCCUAAAGUACAACCUGCUGCACUGCCAAUUAAUAACUAUCAUGGUUCAUAUGAUCGAUAUGAUCAAACCCCCCAAGACCCACAGUUCCCUCAACCACAGAAUCCAGUGCCACAGAUACCUGUCAUCCAGAGCUGUGACGUUGAGGAAAGAUUGAGAAUCCCAUGUGGAGCUUCUGACUGCUCUGCUGAUCACUGUGAAACCAUAAACUGCUGCUUUGAUGGGCAAAAGUGCUACUUUGGAAAGGCAGUGACUGUCCAGUGUACCAAGGAUGCCCAGUUCAUUGUAGUAGUGGCGAGAGAUGCCACUCUGCCCAAUAUCGAUCUUGAGUCAAUUUCACUGUUGGGAGAAGGUCAAUUCUGUACAUAUGUUGGCUCUAACUCUGGCUUUGCCAUCUACCAAUUUCCUAUCACUGCCUGUGGCUCUGUUGUUAUGGAGGAGCCUGGGGUCAUAAUCUAUGAGAACAGGAUGUCUUCCUCAUUUGAAGUUGGAGUUGGGCCUCUGGGGGCCAUUACCAGAGACAGCCGCUAUGAGUUGCUCUUCCAGUGUAGGUACACUGCCACUUCUGUGGAAACUCUGGUUGUUCAAGUAUUACCAUUAGAUAAUCCUGUUCUAUCAGUUGCGGCUUUUGGACCUAUCAGAGUACACCUGAGGUUAGCAAAUGGACAAUGCAACUCAAAGGGUUGUUAUGAAGCGGAUGUGGCCUACAGCUCUUACUAUACAGAGGCAGACUAUCCUGUGUCUAAAGUACUGAGGAACCCUGUGUACGUGGAGGUUCAACUUCUUGAAAAAACGGAUCCUAACCUUGUCCUGACUCUUGGACGCUGUUGGACAACCACAAGCCCCAACCCCCACAGUCUGCCCCAAUGGGACAUUCUGAUAGAUGGGUACGACAUUUUAACUAUCGUCCUCUUGAUGGUGAUGUGUUUUGAUACACAUUGUAGUUCUUUCCAGAUCUGUUUAGUGGGUUUCAUUUUCAAAAUGUUUACCUUCGUGAACCAACAGUCAGUGGAUCCCCUGAGGGAACAGGUGUACAUACACUGCAGUACAACUGUUUGCAGUUCUACUCAAGGCAACUCAUGCGAACGUUGUGCUUCAGAAAAAAGAGAGAUGUCAAGGCUGUGGAUCAGGAGACAGCUGGGCCAAAGGUCGUGGUUUCUGCUGGACCUGUGAGCUUUUCCCGAGCUGUGCAGUGAACCGAAGAGUGUCACGGUCAAUAACAUGGCAGAAAACAUUAAGUAAAAUCACUGAAGCAAUAAAUAACAUUGUUGAGCUAU